UCUGAAACAAAUGAUAUCAAAGUCAGGCAUGUUUUUCUAGCUGUCCAUUUCCUCACUGAGGUGGAUUCAUGAUUAAUGCAUUGUUUUGACACUUUAGUGCUAUACAGAUGGUAAUACGGGACAUAUUUAGAGCUUUAACUGCAAGUGCCUUAAGUGAUUUUUUUUUUUUUUCUCAUUAUCAGCACCUUUUAGGGAGAACAAUUGUAAUUAGUUUUACUGAAAUAAAGUAAAGUUGUGUAAAUCAGCGUGACCAAAUUGUGAAGAAUACACUAAAGGUUCAUCAUUAGAAUGCCAGCAUACUUCCUCCUGUGAUCACAAAUUUCCCUUGGCAGAAAGUGGAGGACUGAGACGUGAAAUGGAUUUUGUAAACCCUAAUGAUUAAAGCAUUUAAUUGAAUCAUUUUUCUGUGGUGUGCAAAUACAGCUUACCCUAGAAAGAUGUGGACCACCUCAUGUCCGGAUGCCUCCGUUAUCAAGCUUCCAUCUGUUUGUCAAAUGUAUAAAAUAAGGAUUUUCACAAGAGUUAUUGCAGCUGAUUUAUGUUUAUUGAGAUCAUUUUGGCACCAUGAAGAAACCAAACAAGAAGUGACAUUUUUGCAAUUCAAAUUCUGCAGUGUAGUUGAAAUCACUAACCCACUACUUUUUACUUAAACUCUUUGAAAGUAUAACUUAUUAUUUAUAUAUUCCGUCUGUUCAACAUACAGAAAUGCUGCACAAUUUAUCAAGUUUAUAGCCUAAGUCCUCCCAGCUGCCUUUACAUAUGAAGUUGUAGAGGAACACGUGAAUAUUUGUAAAUAAAGAACAGAUGGGGGGUCCAUUUAAAGGAAAAUUAAUUGCCCAGAUGGGAAGUGAAGUCUUUCUUUGCUGCUUGAGUUCACGAGUUUUUCAUGUGGUGACCUUGAUCUGUCACGUCUCGAUAUGGCUUUACCUUGUUAUGGAUGUGAGAUGAAUUAUUGUUGCUUUGUCACCCUCCUGAGCACAAAUAUGCUUUCAGGUGGAAAGCUAGAAACACAUUUGUAAGCAGCAGAUUUAAGGUUGUAUUUCAGUUUUAAUAAAUAAUGAAGGACACAGUCAUUGCAUAAAAGAAGAAUUUUUGGGCAGAAGGGCAGUUGAAAAGUGGAAGUUACAAAAUGUGUUAGCUGUGCUCUUUGUUUGGUGAAAGGUAUUUUGUCCUUAUAUGCUUCAACAGUGUCAUCCCUCUACCUCUAUUCUCUGAUCAUUUACUUAAUCAUACACCAUGAAUCAAAGUGAGCACCUGUCUGCUGAGAAUGAUUCUUUGUUUCAAGUGGAGGACAGCAGAAAUAUUGCAGGAAAUAUCACAUUUGCAACAAUAAAACUAAUCUUUAUUCCGCUGAUAAUUGGCGGCAACGGUCUAGUGAUAGCAUCUCUGCUUGUGUUUCGACGUCUUCGUAACCUGACAAACUAUCUGCUUCUGAGCUUAUCAGCAUCAGAUUUACUUGUGGCUGUUUUUACCAUCCCUCUGUAUGUCGCCUUCUACUUGCAGAAAGGGUCACUUACCCAGAACCGCACAGCCUGCCUAACUUGGUUUGGUUCUGUAAUCUUGGGAUGUGGAGCAUCUCUCUAUAAUCUUUUGCUCAUUGUGAUUGACCGAUUUGUUGCGAUACAUUUUCCAUUUCACUAUGCUCGCUUGAAAACACCACGUAAGGUUGGAAUAACACUGACUGUGUUAUGGAUUUACAUUGUUGUAUUAAGUUUCCUGCCCCUGAUGGGUUGGAACAACUGGAGCAGAAAAAAAAAGUGUGACUUUUAUGGCACAUUGCCUAAAGCUUAUGUCAUCUGGGCUGCAUACUUUACAGUAGGCAUUUGCACUCUUGUUUCCACACUCCUUUAUGGUAAAAUUUUUACCACUGUCUGGCAACACCGAAAACAAAUCCAUGCUGUAACUGUGAUUGUUACAAGGGAAAAUCUACAAAUGGAAAAAGAGAUUCGCACAACAAGAUUAACUGCCAUAGUUUUUCUGUUGUUCAUUCUUUGCUGGGCACCAUAUGUGUGUGUGGGACCUCUUAUGUACACUGGUUUGUCGCUUCAGGUUGUGGAGAUCAUCAAGAAUUGCACACUGGUCCUGGGGUUUGGAAAUUCCCUUGUGAACCCAAUAGUCUUUGGGCUAGCUCGCACGCAGUUUAAAUGUGCCUACAAACUGUUAGUGACUACACGAGUGUCUCAGUGGAGGAAGCUGAGUGUGCACCCUCUAGAUAAAGAUCACACACAUGGCGUAAUUGCAUGUGUAGAAACAUGCAACUCCCAGCAGUAAAGCUUUAUAUUUAGCCUUUAUGUUGCGUGAAAGUGACAAGGGCAACAACAUAUAUACAGCAAAUAUGUGGCUUCUAAAGAAAAUGACAUUAUGGCAUUAAAAUCUACCUUGUUAGGUUUUGAAGGAUCAAGUAUAUUUUGUACUGGGGUUCAGUUUAUAAUUUAUGUAAAUUUGUAAAAAUUUAAUACAUUCCUCAUAUAGUUUUCUCUUCUUUUGUUUUUUUUUUUUUUUGUCAUGACUUAUGACAAUAGGUUGGAGACAAGAUGUCAUUGUGCAAGUCAUGCAAUAUGGAAUGUAUUUUAAUGUUCGUAAAUUACGGAUCAAUUGAGAAAUAUUUCAACGCUAUUACUUGAAUGUGUAAAUUGAAGAACUUAUGAAAACUGCUGCAUUCAUGCUUGUUAUGGACGCCGAGGGCUAAUCUCCCAAUGCCGCAAGGAUUGCUUCGACCUCUGCAUAAACCACAACAAAUAAAACUAAAUUUGUGCACAUAAAGCACAGAACGUGAUUUCAACUAUGGAUGUAAUAAAACUCUUCUUUUGACAAGGAAGAAAGAAACAUACAUGAAAGAAAACACAGCUUGAAGACAGUGCAUCUGAAAGCAA